CAUGAUCUAGCCAAUAACCUUACUCGCUACUAUAAUCUAGGCGGGCUUUGUGCUUUCAUACAAUUGCAACUUCAGUAGGCUACUCGUUGGGUUAGGAAAAGUGCAUGCCUGCGCCAACACAGAAGUAAAUGAGUGGCGUGUAGAAAAUCCAGGAAUUCAGAAUUUGUCAUUCCAGCCCUGUAAAAAUGACGAAGUUGGGCUUCCUGCGGCUGUCCUAUGAGAAACAGGACACACUCUUAAAGCUACUCAUCCUUUCUAUGGCAGCAAUCCUCUCAUUCUCAACCAGACUUUUCUCUGUGUUGAGAUUCGAGAGUGUUAUCCAUGAAUUUGAUCCGUAUUUCAACUACCGUACAACUCGAUUUUUGGCUGAAGAGGGAUUCUAUAAAUUCCACAACUGGUUUGAUGACCGUGCCUGGUAUCCUCUAGGAAGAAUUAUAGGGGGCACCAUCUACCCAGGCUUGAUGAUCACCUCUGCGGCACUUUACCAUGUGCUACAUUUCUUCCAUGUCACCAUUGACAUUCGCAAUGUCUGUGUCUUCCUGGCACCUCUCUUCUCAUCCUUCACAGCCCUUGUUACAUACCACCUUACUAAGGAGCUCAAGGAUGCGGGAGCUGGACUUCUUGCUGCUGCUAUGAUUGCAGUGGUACCUGGGUACAUCUCUCGAUCUGUUGCUGGCUCAUAUGAUAAUGAAGGUAUUGCUAUAUUCUGUAUGUUGUUGACAUACUAUAUGUGGAUCAAAGCAGUGAAAACUGGAUCUAUUUACUGGUCUUCAAUGUGUGCACUUGCUUACUUUUACAUGGUCUCAUCCUGGGGUGGAUAUGUUUUUCUGAUUAAUCUCAUCCCCCUUCAUGUGCUGGUGCUGAUGCUCACUGGACGCUUUUCCCAUCGCAUCUAUGUGUCCUAUUGCACUGUCUAUUGUCUUGGUACCAUCCUAUCCAUGCAGAUCUCUUUUGUGGGAUUUCAGCCAGUGCUGUCAUCAGAGCAUAUGGCAGCUUUCGGUGUAUUUGGCUUAUGCCAGAUUCAUGCUUUUGUUGAUUACCUGAGGAGCAAGCUGAAUGCCCAGCAGUUUGAGAUUCUGUUCAAGAGCGUCAUAUCAUUGGUUGGGAUUGUUCUACUGUCUGUUGGUGCUGUGCUCAUGUUGACUGGUAAAAUCUCUCCAUGGACUGGGCGUUUCUAUUCCCUUUUGGAUCCAUCAUAUGCCAAGAACAACAUCCCAAUCAUUGCCUCAGUCUCAGAGCACCAGCCAACAACAUGGUCCUCUUACUACUUUGACCUGCAGCUACUUGUCUUCAUGUUUCCAGUGGGACUAUAUUACUGCUUCAACAACUUGUCAGAUGCCAGAAUUUUCAUCAUUAUGUAUGGAGUUACAAGCAUGUACUUCUCUGCUGUUAUGGUUCGACUGAUGUUGGUCCUGGCCCCAGUUAUGUGCAUUCUUUCAGGGAUUGGUGUGUCUCAGGUGCUCACGACCUACAUGAAAAACCUGGAUGUGAGCCGACCUGACAAAAAGUCAAAGAAGCAACAAGAUUCUACGUAUCCCAUUAAGAAUGAGGUUGCUAGUGGAAUGAUCUUGGUCAUGGCUUUCUUCUUGAUCACAUAUACAUUCCAUUCUACUUGGGUGACCAGUGAGGCUUAUUCCUCUCCCUCUAUUGUCCUCUCUGCUCGUGGAGGAGACGGCAGCCGCAUCAUCUUUGAUGAUUUCAGGGAGGCCUAUUAUUGGCUUCGACACAACACCCCAGAGGAUGCAAAAGUAAUGUCAUGGUGGGAUUAUGGUUAUCAAAUAACUGCAAUGGCUAAUCGAACCAUUCUGGUUGACAAUAAUACUUGGAAUAAUACUCACAUCUCCAGAGUAGGCCAGGCUAUGGCUUCUACUGAGGAAAAGGCCUAUGAGAUCAUGCGGGAGCUUGAUGUUAGUUAUGUUUUGGUCAUAUUUGGUGGACUAACUGGCUACUCAUCAGAUGACAUCAAUAAAUUUCUCUGGAUGGUACGCAUUGGUGGAAGCACAGACACUGGGAAGCACAUUAAAGAGCAUGACUACUACACAGCAACAGGGGAAUUCCGUGUAGACAGAGAAGGCUCACCUGUGCUACUCAACUGCCUGAUGUACAAGAUGUGCUACUAUCGUUUUGGUCAGGUCUACACUGAGGCCAAACGCCCCCCUGGAUAUGACCGAGUGCGCAAUGCUGAGAUUGGUAACAAAGACUUUGAGCUUGAUGUUCUUGAAGAGGCCUACACCACAGAGCAUUGGUUGGUCAGGAUAUACAAGGUCAAGGAUUUGGACAACCGUGGUCUUUCUCGAACGUAAAACUCGACAUGGAAGCACAGAGCACUGAAAGCCUUCCCCUGUCUUCUGCAGAUGGGUGUGAAUUAUUUUGUAUUUUGUUGUUUUUUGUUUUUUAAUUUUGUCUUUUUCAUUGAGAAUGGAUUCAUCUGGAAUUGGUGGAGAAGGUGACAAAGUAGUUAGUCCAUUGAGUGAUUUUGAGAGGUGGUGGUUGUGUAAGGAUUUUGAAGGUAAAACAGUGAAAUAAAAGGAGGUGUUGGGGAAACCUGAAGAA